AUGAAAUCAAGUAGAACACAAAUUCGACAUAAAAUAUCAAUCGCAAAUGCUAAAUGUUGGAAUAUUUUAAAAAGGCAAGCCACCGAAUUUUGCAAUAACACUGGAUUACAUGGUUAUAAAUACAUCAGCCAAACUCAACGUUCCAAAACAGAGCGAAUUAUUUGGGCGAUAGUUGUAUUCGUGUCAUUAGUUUGCGCCAUUGUUUUAAUAAGAAUGGCUUGGAAUUAUUACGCUACCCAUCCAACUUUGACAGUUAUUGAAUCAACACAUCAUGGAAUUUGGAAUUAUCCAUUUCCCGCAAUAACUGUGUGCGAUAUUAAUCGCAUAUCUUAUAAUUUAACGAAAAAGUUCGUUGAAAAUUUAAAAACACCAACCAAUGUCUCGAAAGAAUAUUUAAUUCAAGAAAUGCGACUAAUGAACGAAUUACUAAGACCAGGAAUAUUCGGAAAUGAUAUUCAAAGAAACCUUACUCAUCUACAAGACAUUAUAGAUGAUAACCAUUUGACCAUUUUUAAAGUAAUGGACUUGAUAACACAAAACUGUAGUACUUUAUUGACAAUGUGUAAAUGGAAAGGUAGAAUUGAUCAAUGUGAUAAAUAUUUCAAGCAAAGUUUAUCACUAGAUGGCUUAUGUUGCAGUUUCAAUUAUUAUACUUUUCCAGAUACAACGACAUUCAAGAAUGUGAGAAGAGCUGCCGCUUGCGGAUUUGAGACUGGUAUGACCAUAGUAGUAAAUUCCGAACCAAAUGAUUAUUACGCUACAAUUAUUGGAGCGUAUGGAAUAAAGGUUAUGAUACAUUAUUCAUUUGACUAUCCAGAUUUUAAUGCUGAAAUUCAAUUAGUACGAUUAAACAGUCAACAUUUUGUAACCAUCAAUCCAGCGGAAAUGUAUUCCAAAUCCGAAGUGAAGGACUUGAAAAUUUCUACGCGAAAAUGCAUAUUUAGUGAGGAGGCUGACAAAGUGCUGUAUGCAAAUGUCAAAGAGAGGAAUUUAACUUUCACGGCAUACUCAUAUCACAAUUGUCUUGCAGAAUGUCGAGCUAGUAUCAUAAGAGCAAAAUGCGGUUGCAUCCCUUAUUACUUUCCACAAAACAGUACCAGGACAUGUAAUCUUAAGGAUAUUCAAUGCUUGAAGAAAAUAUAUACAUUUUUCGAUAAUUCAUGGCCAGACAUGAAUCAAAAACAACAAAAUUUUCCAAAAACAUUAGAUGAUGUAAAUAAAGUACCUUGUGGAUGUAUACCGGAUUGCCUUCUGUAUUAUUAUCCUAUUGAAAGCUCCUUCGGAACUCUCGAUAAUACUGUUUAUUAUAACGGUGUCAGUUUCUCAAAAAGCCCUGGUAACACUACCAGCAAUUAUAGUGUAAUACAUAUAUUUUUCAACGAUUUGGUUGCUUUCCAAUAUCGACGAUCAGUCAAUUAUAGUUGGCGCAAUGUUUUUGCAUCAUUUGGCGGUUUACUUGGACUAUUUGCUGGAUUCAGUCUCAUGUCUAUCUUUGAGUUUCUGUAUUUCUUUAUAAUACGUGUUAUAACUGAUGCUUGUAUCAAUUCAAUGAAACACAGCAAUAUAUAA